CAAAGCAAACCACUAAACCUGAUUUUAUUGGAUCUAACAAAAGUUCGCCUGAGCUAUGCGAUGAGAACAGAUGCAGAACUCUGAUGCAGGAGUUAAAACAGAAAAUAUCUUAUUUGCAAGCUGAGCUAACUAAUACUCACGACGAAUACUCAAGCCGGAUUUCCCGUCUCGAGCAAGAAGUAUCAAAUUUGCGUGAGGAAAACUUACGUAUUCGUGGAGACAGGGAUCAUACCUCACAGCGUCACGACGGAGAGGUGAAGGAAUUGAAAACUAAACUACGGGAUAUGCAACAACAAUGCGGUGAUAUAGACACUGAAUUAAAACUGGAACAAAGCCGCGUGGCGGAGCUGCAGGCGCAGAUAAAAGCUUCCGAGAUCGCGGGGCAGGUGACGCGCGCCUUCGAAGAGAGGUUGCAUCGUAUUAAUGAAGUAAAGACCCUGGAUCUGGCUCAAGAAGACAAGAGACACGAAAGACUCAAUGAUUAUUCGAUGGCGGAAAGUUCGAGGGAUGACAGGGCUUCCAGAGAUCAUCGUGAUUCCAUGAACUCUCCAGUGGACUGGAACGAUACACCCACUAAGGAGGGCGGCGACAGGCUAACGGUAACGUCAACAUCGGUGCAAUACUACGGAGGGAAAUCAGAAGAUUCGGGUUUCACGGACCCAAAUAAAAGUAGACUCUCCGAAGUUGAUGAUAAGGAGGCGCUAGUCAAAACUAACGAAGAUUUGCUUCAGCGAAUAUCCAACCUACAAUCGCAGUUGGACAACCUUAAGGCGCAAGCUGCUGGAUCACCUUCGAAUGAGGCAGAUGUGGAAUCAAAUCGAAGCCGCCCACACCGCACCAGCAUUCACGCAUCUUUCAAUGACAAAACAGAAAAGGCGGACAUACAAGAAGAAUCUAAGGUUGCAUUAUCAGAAGGUGAGGCAGAUGUGGAACCACAUCGGUUCACCGGACACCGCCCCAGCAUUGGACCGUUCUGCGACAAGAAAGAAAAGUUCAAGUCUAAAGAUGAAAUUGACCGCCGAAUCUUAGAUGACGCGAACCGACGUUGGAAUGACUACGACGCCAGCUUCACUACACUACACACACAACCUCCUGAUGUCCCCACUUCUGCAAUUGAUUUUAAUUUCAGCGACAAAUUGGAUACAAUAACAGACCAAGACCAACGAAAGAAGAUGAAAGGAAAAGAAAGAAAAGAGAAAGCGAACUACGGUAAAAUAACUUGUCUGUGUAAAAAAUAUUGCCCGGGAAAAGAAGCAAUUGCAAAUGAUGAAAAUACAGAAACAACCGUACUUCCGACAGAAGAUUAUAGACAGCAGAUUCCAGGACCUCUUCCGGUCACAAAGCCUUGGGAAACAAAGGCCUACAAAUCAGAACGCAAAGGAAAUUCCAAUGACUUGACGAGUUCCUUAACUAAAACAAGGAAGGAAAUGACCCAUACCAGAGAUAAACAAGUAUACAACAACAAUAGAAACAGCUCCGAACACAUGGAGUCCAUAAUGUUGCCGUCGUCGGGCAAAGACAUGAAAUAUAAAGAUCUGGACACGGGUAAAAACGAAGGCAAAUCAAAGCAAUACGAUACUGGCGCAAGCACAGAAGGAAACGAAAACGACAAUCUUGACGCAUCUGAUAGCAAAAGGGAGGCGGAACAACAUAGGAUGUCCUUAAUUUCUGAAUCUCCUGUACCGACGCAUGGUUCGAAAGACGAUCGUAUGGAAUAUCAUUUGCCUCUUUCAGAGCCGCAAGCCACCAGCUCGCCGUUCAUCACUGACCCGUUAAUUCGGAAGGAAACAAAGCCAACUUCACCGCCAACACCGGAACCCACCAUGGUCAACAAAUAUACAAUGGAUCCUCACGGUCCGAGCGGCACUGCUACGGCUACGGACAAGCGCGUCCGUGACCUUGGGCUUGUCUUAGUCGGAGCGCGCGUGUGCGCGUGCGCGUGCGCGACGGCGCCGCGGCGCGAGCUGGCCGUGUUCCGCUCGUGCUCGGGCACGCUCAGGUUCCGCACCGUGGACACCGACGCCGUCAAGGUGCGCCGCUGCGGCUGCGCGGCCGCGCAACCGGACGCGUCGUCCGUUGCUGAACCAGCUGCCGGUGAAGGCGAACAAGGCGACAGCAGAAGGCGUAGUUCGGACCAGGGCAGUCACGUCGAGGACACGUACACCGUAGAGACAGAGCGUCGGUCGCAGGCCACAUCGCCCGAUAACACCGACAAGGAGAUCUCACACUUAACCGAUUUGCCGUCUGAAGCGGGGCCGUGCGUACCGUCGUACACGUCCAAACGUCGUUGCUCGCUGGGCGAGGACAAACAAACGACUACGUACACAGACUCAUACAGCACACCCACUUCCGACUUCGGCACGCUUAGUGAAGGAGAACUGCCGCAGCGAUUUCGGUCGAGAAAGGACAAGCAAGUUCGUCACGCGUCCGUUGAAGUCAAACCAGACUUCAUACAACACCCUACACAGACACCAACUUCGAAGAUGGAACAAACAUUAGCAGCCAUCAGCGAGGAGCUGGUGAAGUGUCGGCAGUUGUUAAUGCAGACCACACAGUCACAAGAGAGCCCAAAACGAGCAUCAACGUCGGUGAACACAGAGCAACCAGUCUACCUAAGUCCAAGGCCCUCGAUAGCGCUUCGUAAAUCAAUAGGGAAACAACAAAUCGGUGAUACCAUCGCUCCGAAAUGCCAUUUCACCAUACAUAUUCUUACCGUCGUGUUUUCUGAUGAGGCUGUGAUGAACUCCCGCGACAUGCAUCUGAUGCUGACUUGGCAGUUCUUCGACCAGAGCGUGGCGAUGACACGCAUGCGCGCCGGCCGCGUCACGCACUUCGACUUCUCUACCGAGUAUGACGUCAAGCUCACCGAUGACUUCCUCCAUUACAUGAAAUACGAGGAAAUGCCGAUUAAGAUUUGUGAAAUAAACAAGCCAGACGUGCCAUUCGCUACCUGUACAAUGCCUUUUCGAGACGCCCUACUACACGCCAACAGAAGAGCCGACAAAUCACUUGCUUUGGUGGCGGGGCCGGGCAUGGUGUCGCCGCAGUGCCGGCGCAUCGACGCGUUAGAUUCAGGUGACGAGGUGGGCGUGCUAGACCUGUGGUGCAAACUGCGCGCGGAGCCGAAAGUCCUGUCGACCAUCAACAAUGCCAUCGCUAAGCCAAUGGCCACGCGGCCCAGCAUCAGCGGACCCAUCUUGGCGCAGCUUGACGAGGACGACACAGAAAUCCGAAUGUCAGUAGACCUGAACCCUGACUCCGCGCACAUGAAUAGAUUUCAUGAAAUUUCCGAGAUGGAGCUACCAAUUAACAGCGCUAAUACAAAGCCACCGACGAACGAAUCAAACCGCUAUCCCAAAAACAAGAACGGAUAUCGCGAUUCAACACAAUCGUACCCUGUGUACGCAUCGUCAACCUCGGCGGGUCAUUCGGUUCCGCAAGGGACAAAUGCGGGCGGAUUGGGACCGGAAGGAUUGCACCGGCAUGCCUUUGGCGCUGACGCCGUCAGCGCUGGCAGGUACAGCCGGACAAGUCUCAGCCAUUCGUUGGGCAUGGACCGUGGUCAUCAAUCAUCGCCGCUACCGCCGCGCAGUAUAGUUCCUAACUCACGUGGUAUGCCGACUACGAAUGAAAUGAAGAGAGCGGGCGACAGGCAAAAUACUGAACAUGCGUUGUCCAACUCCGUAGAUAAUAUCAAAAAUAAACCAAAAGACACAGACGUGGAUGAUCUCGACAACAAAUACGCAACAACGGGUAAAAUGAUAAGUGCGAAGAGGACCCUGGAAGCGUUCAAAAGAUCCAAAAUGAAAAGUAAGGGUCAAGCUCAAAGGCCGUUUGAAGCACCGAUGGCGGAAGCAACAUCAGAGUACCUAGAGCGCAUCCGAACUCGAAGCAUCUACAUCACAGUCCUCUGGGUUGCUCUCAACGAGGAGUGCGAGGCGAUGAACAACCCGCAUGUGCAACGGCUUUACGUCGCGUACAGCUUCCUGAGCUAUAGCGGCGCUGAGCUUGAGACUCCUAACAGUUUACCCAAGCCGGAGCACUAUAUGGAUAAGUGCUAUUUUAAUUUCGAAAAGAAGUUCCAAUUCUCAGACUACGAUAUGCCGAACGUGGGCCGCAUGGGACAGUGCCGAACGCCAACUGCGGGUAAACCUGACCCUAAAGACUGCGUGGUUUUUACGGUGAUCAGUGAACCAGUCGAGGACCCCCUCGGGCUUGACAACUGCGUGGAUCUGGGUAACGCGUACCUGUAUUUCGGUGACCUCCUUGCCUGGUCUAGGGGAAGUGACAUCUAUACUGAAGUUCUACCGGUACAUGUGGCUGGACAAUAUGGGCUUAUCUGUGGCGUUCUGGCAGUCAAAGUCGCCGGGCUGGACGUCGUCCGCAAGUGCCUCAUGAUCGGUUCUCGAGAGCAGUCAUUCAUAAACGAUUGACAUUCUAGUUCCUUUUUAUGUCAGCCUCAAGAUCCAUGGCGAUUAAAAGAUUAUUUUGUUUCAAAAAUGUUGUACAUCCACAAGGUCUACUUUAAGAAACGUGUUGCAAUAAAUU